AUGGGUGGAUUUAUCCCUAAGGAAGAAACAGGCUAUGGACAGAAGCACAGAAAACAAAGAGGUGGUAUUCCAAUCCAUAAAAAGUUUCUAACAUCAAGCGAUGUUUCAACAGACGAGCCUGAAUGGGCGCUGCCAUUUCCAUCCAAGUUCAACUUAGGAUACCCCAGUAGCUGUCCUAAGAUUAAGACAAAUUCUUAUAAAAAGAAAAUGAUUGUACUUACAAGAAUAGCAUUAACACUGGUAUACUGCUUCAUGCGUCCAGUGAUGGCGUGGGAUCAGGGGUUUAUCGAUCAGGAGGAAUAUGAGGAACUGAGGUCAUCUGUUGCUUAUUUAUCUACUUACAACUGUGACCUUUCACCUACCGUGUGCCUUCCCGAAAAUCUGCAUUCGUACCACCCAACUUCCUGUCCCUACAUCAAUCGUCGAAAUGCUCAGAUUGAGGAGAUGAACAGAGACGAGAUGUCCGAUGUGUUGUGUCUGCAGGGCAUAUGGUAUGCUAAAGACCUGGAAGCCAUUUUGACAAAGACAACAUCGAACUUCCCAUAUGCGUACAGUUUCCUCCAUGAUGGAAGUGGAUACUACAAUGCUUCUCAGAUAUUUCAUCCGCCAUGCAACGAACAAGAUACCGCUAUCUUGAGAACUAUCAACGUUUGUGAAUUUAAAGAAUGCCAUUUCACACAUGAAAGAACCAAAAUAUUCAAAUGUAUAGAAGACGUUUGCGGGAUAAAAAAUAUCAUGCAACGAAUGUCGGAAACGUGCCUUGGUUGUAUAUUUCAAGGUACAGAAAGCGAUAAUUUCAUGCAAUGUACGAAAUCAUCCCACGCUUUCAAUCCGACAGGGUUACUCAUACUCAGCAAAUACAAACUUCUGAAAUACGGACGUGGGCUGUACCAUUCGAACGAUCAGUUUGACGAAAUGGGUCGGGAGAAGUCCUCGGAGAUUGUACAACGAGGCUACCUAGAUGUUGAGGUUAAUCACAUUGGUAGGAUCGUGUGUACCGACUUAACGGAGAAAUUUGGUGAUGAAUACGUAGAGGUUGCAGACACGUUCAGGUCUUAUGAGGAAAAGAAUUUGUAUGAGUUUGAGGCCUUAUUCAGGAUGUUCCGUAGCACUCGGAAAGCUAUUGUCAUGGGUGACCUGAACUCUAGCCCAACUCUCUCUAAGGGAAACAUCGCUCCACAAUACCCCAAGAACUUGGAAAUACUACGAGACCUUGGCUUCAGAGACCCAGUUUCCGACUCAUUUAAGAACAGAAUUCCCGACUGUUCUUACUGCUGCGGAAAUGUCCUCGUUCAUAAACCGGAAACAGGUGUCUGUGCGAAAUCCAAUCCAGAGGUUGGAUACAUAUUUGAUCAUGUGAUGGUAAAAGGUUUCAAAACAGUCGAUACCCAAGAGGAUUACUUAAAAAACAACGCAGUGGUUCGUAUUUUUUUGGUGGAGGACCAGUUCAUCGCCAUGUCGCGACAUUAUGGUUUCACCGUGCCAGUGAUUGUGGGAUGAACCAAACACAUCGUUGCUGUGAAAAAGGAUUUCAGACUUGUUUUUGCCCUUAGAUGACCUCUAAUCCUCUUAUGGUCUUCAAUAAAAUCAAUGUUUGGCAUCAUGUUUUCAUGA